GCGGCGGGGGCCGGCUCUCGGCGGGGCCGGGCCGGGCCGGGCCGGGCCGUGGGGAUAUUGGCGCCGGCCGCCCCGGCAGGUAGCGGAGGAAGGAGGAAGCGGGCGGCCCUGCCGGCCGGUGUGCGGGUGGGCAGGUUGAAUUUGAUUCCUUUUUGGCAAGACAGAGUAGAAGAGAGGGAAGGCAAAAGAUUCAGUGAUCUGCUUAUUCAUCUUUGUGGCAAUAAGCUGUUAAUUCAGCUAGGAUGUGCCGUGAAACCACGCCAUCAGUGUGGACCUGACGAGCUUCUUUCCUCUGGAGUCGGCAGAAGGACUUUUACCAUGAAUAAUUCUACUCCAGCUACAGCUAAUGGGAAUGACAACAAGAAAUUCAAAGGAAGCAGAUCUCCAUGCUCCCCUUCUCGUGUGCUUCAUCUUCGUCAAAUUCCAAGUGAUGUCACUGAAGCGGAAGUCAUUUCAUUAGGUCUCCCUUUUGGCAAAGUAACCAAUCUCUUGAUGCUAAAAGGAAAAAGUCAGGCUUUUUUGGAAAUGGCUUCUGAAGAAGCUGCUGUUACUAUGGUGAACUACUAUACUCCUGUUACACCUCUCCUCCGCAGUCAGCCUGUUUAUAUUCAGUAUUCCAAUCACAGAGAACUUAAGACUGACAACCUACCUAAUCAGGCCAGAGCCCAAGCUGCAUUGCAAGCUGUGAACGCUGUGCAGUCUGGAGGCCUGGCUAUUACAAGUGCUCUUGCUGCUGAAGGUGGACUCCUUACAGGUCAAGGUUCUGUUCUUCGAAUCAUUGUUGAAAAUCUUUUCUACCCUGUCACUUUGGAAAUGCUGUAUCAGCUUUUCUCUAAAUUUGGACCUGUCUUGAAGAUUAUCACCUUCACAAAGAACAAUCAAUUUCAAACCUUGCUCCAGUAUGCUGACCCAAUCAAUGCAUAUUAUGCCAAAAUGGCUCUGGAUGGCCAAAAUAUCUACAAUGCAUGCUGCACUCUGCGGGUAGACUUCUCCAAGUUAACAAGCCUUAAGGUAAAGUACAACAAUGAUAAAAGCAGAGAUUUCACUCGCCUUGACCUUCCCCCUGGUGAUGGCCAGCCAGCCAUGGACUCCACCAUAUCUGCUGCCUUUGGCACCCAUGGUAUCAUGUUCCCACCAUAUGCAGGGGCUUCUGGAUUUGCCCCAGCCAUGGGCUUUCCUCAUGGUGCUGGUCUUUCAGUUCCAGCUCUUCCUGGAGCACUUGGUUCUCUUGCAGUCACCACAUCUGCAGCAUCUGGACGGAUAACUAUUCCAGGUGUUACUGGUGUUCCAGGAAAUUCUGUUUUACUGGUCAGCAACCUCAACCCUGAGGCCAUCACACCACAUGGACUUUUCAUCCUAUUUGGCGUGUAUGGUGAUGUGCAUCGUGUGAAGAUCAUGUUUAAGAAAAAAGAAAAUGCUUUGGUUCAGAUGGCAGAUGCAAUCCAGGCUCAACUAGCUAUCAGCAACUUGAAUGGACAGAGGCUUUAUGGGAAGGUCCUCCACGCUACUUUUUCAAAACAUCAGACUGUUCAGCUGCCUCGUGAAGGACAAGAGGACCAAGGUCUGACAAAGGACUAUAGCAAUAGCCCUUUACAUCGCUUUAAGAAGCCUGGCUCUAAGAACUUCCAGAAUAUCUUUCCUCCAUCUGCCACCCUGCAUCUCUCCAAUAUCCCGCCUUCUGUAACUGUUGAUGAUCUGAAGAACCUUUUUGCAGGUACUGGAUCUACUGUGAAAGCCUUCAGAUUCUUCCAGAAAGAUUGCAAAAUGGCUCUUAUCCAGCUGGGCUCUGUGGAAGAAGCAGUUCAUGCUCUUAUUGAGCUUCACAAUCAUGACUUUGGAGAAAACCAUCACCUCCGAGUUUCCUUCUCAAAAUCUACAAUCUGACUUUUCUGUGAACAUUCCUUUUAAGACAGCAUCGCAGUUUUGGUUAAGAUCUUCAAAUAGAGACUGAAGCAGCUGUGACCAACUCUGCCUCUUAAAAGAAAAAGCUUAUUCAUACACACAGCAAAGAAUUAGGGGAUGAUCUUUUCUGAUUGUAGCUGCCAGUAUGUGAUCAACAUUUAAUAUUCAUUCAUAAAAAGAUUCUUCUAUGAAAUGUCUUUUAGAAAUAAUAUUUAUCAUCAAAUUUCAUACUUAGAAUUUUCUUUUGAGAAUAUCUUUUUAGUUUUUAUUCCAAAUCAGCCUUACAAAACAUUUUGGAGUGCUUUUACAAUAUACCAAACAAACAAACAAAAAAAUCUAACAAAAUGAUGAGUCUACUCUACACAUAUUAAACACUAAUUUGAAUGUGAAAUAGUGCUUGGAUUUCUUGAAGAAAAGCAAGCAUUGACUGUGAGUGCCCUCUGAAUAGUAUUUAUGUUACUGAGGUGUGUGUUCAUACUUUGGCAAAUCUUUACAAUUAACUUUUUUAAAAAAACAAAGUCUGUGCUGUUCAUAUGGGUUAAAUUAUUAGAGAAAAGGCAGUGCCUUCUCUGUGGAAUAAAAGAUAUUUGAUGAGUUUCUUCAAGAUGUGAUAUCAGAGUUUUAGCUUGACUUCAUCAUGUAAUGGAAGUUUGUGUUAUUUUUACUAUGAAGUCGUGUUGUGUAAUAGUAUUUUGGAGAAUAUAAGAGGGGAAAAUAGUCCUGAUUUCAAAGAGUUUUUUACAUUUCUUUAAAGAAAAAAAUGUUUACAAUCUUAUAGAAAAUAUUCAGGUCUAUGACGGUUUAAUGAAUUUUUAAGAAGUUAUUUUUGGUAAGGUCAUAUUUGGGGAUGAAAAAUUAAACCUCAGCAGUUUUUUGUACCACUAUGGUUACUGUGUAUUUACUUAAUUUCUUAUUAUGUGCCUUACUAUGUGCUUAUGAUACAAUAGCUUUGAGUUUUAUCUGAAGUAUCUUGAAAAAUGUAUUGUGGGCUUUUCAAAUUUUCUUCUUUCUGUUUUUGUAAAUAUUUUCCUUACUACUUCAUUUGUAUUUUUUUUUCAGUAAGUAACGCUCUGAAUUCUAGUUACUGGUGCUUCGGUGUAGAGAUAGGGCAGAGGUGGGAAAGAGGUUUAACUCAUUGUACAAUCCUGUGGGCCUCUUUGAACUUCACUGGUUGCAGUUGUCUGAUACCUAUAUUUGACUGAAAAAAAAAUCCCACACAGAAAAAUGCACCAAAACAAACAAACAAAAUCUCUACAGAAAGGCAAAAGAGCAAAUUCACUCCAGUUUCUGGACUUUAUCUAACUUCUUGAGAGACAGUGGCUGUAUCAAAUUAUUCUCUUCCAGGUUCCUGCAUUUUCAUCCCAAUUUUGACCUUAAAGGGCAUUCUUUCCUUUAUAGAAAUCAAAAAGUUCAAUACUGAUUGUCCAUUUCUAUUUGGAGAAUGAGCUGAGAUGCAGUUAGUUUGUGUUGAAAGUACAUAUGAACUUCACUGAUUUCUGACUGUAUUUUAAGAAAAAAUACAUUUAUAAGUGCUUUUUCUUUUUAGUAUUUCCAAAAAAAAAAUGUCAGUUUUUAAAGAGGUGAUAUCAUAGCAUUGCUUACUUAAAACUACUGUAGAGUUUGUUUCUGCAAUAAUGUUUUGCAACUUACUCAUUUUUUUCAUGAUUUUUUAAUGAGUUUAAGGAUUUUUCCUAUUUUCUAGAAUAGAGUGUGUAUUUCUAGAGAGAUCUGAGCAUUUUGGAGUAAACUUCUUCAAAUAGUUUCUCUGAAUUACUUUUGUAAAAUCAGUGAGAUACUGCCUUGCCCUUUAUUAAUGUCUAUAACUUCAUUAGAAAUGCAGCAGCCAACCAUAGUGAAGAAGGUGCCAGAUCUCUAUACAGCAACAAAAACAUGCUAUUUGGCAGUUGGUAAAAUGCUGACUAUGUAGGUAGCCAUAGUUGUAUGCUGUACACAAGUAAAUAAUUAUUCAGAAUGUAAUAUUUAAUGGAAAGUUACUGUGGUUUAGGUAUAGCUAUGUUGUCUUUGGGAUUUGAGGUAGUCUUUCCAUUUUACCCUCUUUGAAAUGGCUUAUUCAGUUUGGUGAAUUUUCAAACUUUUUUUUUUCAUGAAAAUUAAUUCUGUGGUGCCAGAGUAGCCUAGAAAGUAUCGUCUUUACAUUUUUAGCAAAGUACAGUUGUAGGCAGCCUUGUUCAUUUGCAGAUAGAACCAUUUUCAACAAGAUAAUUAAUUCGUAAUUCAUGUCUGCAUUUAACCUUCUUAGCAGUCACGUUGAUAACAGCUACAGACAGUUGCUGGACUGAGAAUGUUUCUUGUUACUGCACAUAAAGUGGUUUGAUAGUAUUAAGACAUUAUUCAUAAAAUACGAUUUGUCACAUUUUUUGAAGAACUACAGCCACAGACGAGAGAAAUCACAUUAGACCUGAAUGUAACUCUGAAGCAGGGAAAAGGAACCUUAAAUUUGAGAGUUAAUAUUGACAUAUAUAAUAUCAGAAGCAGUAUAUGUAUAUUGUCUGUGUAAAAUGUUAUAUGUAUAUACAAACAGACAAAUUAUGUGCCUUUUUAAUUUGUUGACUAUGAUAACGGAAGGUGAGAAUGCUUAAAUAAAUGUAAGGGGAUAAAUGAAGGGGCCUUAAAUAAAUGUAAAGGGCCUACAACAUUCUCUCAGAAAGAGAAAUGAAUAUAUUUUUGUUUUUAUCUUAAUGUUAGAAUAUAGCUAAUGUCAGCUCUGGACUGCUUGCAGUUUGAAAUGUAGAGGCCUACAGUUUAAGUUGCCAGAUAUUUACAGAUUUUUAAUUUAAGAAAAAUCUGGGUAGUAGAUAUUUAUGAUGCUAUGGUUUAUUUUGUUUGUUUGUUUUUGCUUUUGUGAUACAUUUAUCCUCUGUCUUUUUAUAAUUUACUUUUGUUGUUGCUGUGUUUCUUUAGUUGAGUUAUUCUCUUCAACUUACAUCUAGAUUGGUGUAUAUCUUAGAGAUGGUGCCUCUUACAGAGAUCUGACUGUACAAAAAGUGCAGGCAGGCUUCAAAAAUAGCAGUACAUCUUCCUGUUUGCUUAACAGAAUGAUGGUACUGGUUAAGGCUAUCUUAUGUCAUUCAGUAUUCUGCCGUGAAUAAUUACAAGCAAAACCAGUACUAUAAUGCACCGUUAGUGAAGGAUCAGGACAAAAGGAGUAAUUCUCAUACUUUGUGCUUGACUCAUCAGUGCCUGGCUGCAAAAGCACAGUUGCAUCUCAGUUCAUGGUUCUCAAAAGCAUAUAUGAGCUUGAUAUCGGUGAAAAGAGCAGGACUUGGGAAAGAAUGGUUUUAUUCUACAGAUUCUUACACAGAAUGUAGAUUCUUACAGAUGUACGUUGGAAAGGAACCUCUGAAGGCCUUAGUCCUACCUCUCACUAAGAUUAGGGCCAACUUUGAGAUGUUGUUCAGAGAAUUGUCCAGAGUUUUCAAUAUUUCCAAGAAUGGAUAUUUCAGAAAUACUGAGCCACAGUUGCAAUGUUUGACUGCCCUCAUUGUGAUUUUUUUCCCUUAUGUAAUUAGGCUUUAAGCAUAUUGCAUCCUACAUACGUUGCCUUUUGUGCUAUUACUGUGCAAUUCCCAAAAAUGUUCCUGGCUCCAUCUUCUCUAUACUCCUGCGUUAAGUUGUGAAAGAUAAGUUUAUAAUUUCUUUAACGUAAAUUCUUAAUUUCUGUUUAAAUCAUUUGUGGAGUACCUUGUAAUGUGUAUAAUGUAACUCAUAAGUUGUACUCUAGAACACUAGUGUUUAAAUCCUGACCAUGGCUGCCAGAAAUGGCUGACGGUGGAGUUCUCUGCCUUUAUAUAUGUCAAGUCAAAAAUCAGCUCUGGGUUACUUCCAACUCCAUUUUUUUUGGUGGAGGCACGCUUGGUUCAAAGUGUAGUAAGCCCUUUUUUAACAACCCUGGAUGUCCCUUAGUGCCUUUUCAAUUGCAAUUUGUUGCUAAAUGGUAAAAAUUUACAUUCAAGUUCUUUAAAAUGUCUUGGAAAAUUGGAACAAAUCGCUGAAAAUUUUAUUCUUAAUUUGAUUUGGUUGCAUUGUCUGGCGGUCCUGUCAGUUGCACUUUUAUGUGCAACCUUUUACUGAGAUAGAUUGAUGUCUUUUUGUGCCUAUUAUUGCACAGAUCUGAGGAGAUUUGCCUCUAUGGCAUUUUGUGUUUAGGGAUGGCAAACCUGUGUUUGUAUGCUGAGAAAACUAUUUGCCCUUGUUGAAAAAAACUGCCAGAGUGUCUUGCUGUCCUCAGAUUCAUUCAUUUUGUUUAGCAAAGUGAUGAGGUUUUUAUUCUGUUUUGGAUAUGGACCUAUUCUUGUCAUUGUAUACAACUAGCACGUACUGCUGCUUUUCAGGUCAGAGGGUAACUGCUUCUAAGAAGCUUUUUUUUUUUUUUUCUUUCUGCUUUAACCUUUUGUCUUGGCAUGCUGCUAUCUAAAGCAGACCUACCAGACUGAGUGUUUUUACUGUUGUGUUGAAAGGAUACUGUUCAGAUUAUACUUUUUUUUUUUUUAUAUUAACU